GAGACCGUCAGUGUGGUGACUCCGGGUAGUUCCUGCCCAGAGGCGAAGGGAAAGCGCACACAUGCAGCACAGCAGUGCGCCUGUGCUGCAGCAUGGCCGAGCGUUAUUACGCACUGCACAGUGAGAGGACACGUCUGGAGAGGUAGAGGCACUCUGGAUGCGGGGACGAAGAAGGGGAAGCUCGAGAGGAUUUCUGAGGACAAAAUGCGGAGUUCCGAGCUGCUGACAGUGUCUUCGUUGUACAAUAACAAGAGGGUCUUGUGGCUCGGUCUUCUCGGGCUGUGAGUGAAUAAUGUCUGCAGGCAGAGAUCUCCUGAUUGGGAAAGUUGUUCGUCGGUUGUUUUGAUCUGAGACAAGAUGCAUCUGUUUCGGACUCACAAUUACCGAGUGUUCCCGGACCGAUUCUCAGUGGAAACACCGAGCAUCCGAGGCAUCAGCUGGUUCCUACAAUGUUCUCUCAUGUUCAUCACAGAACACUUCAGUUUGUCCGACAGAUCUCUUCUUCUGCCCAUUGCUGAUCAAUCUAAAUGCAACAAAUAUGUCCAUCAAUAAGACACCGCUGCCAGAAGCCCUCGGUCCAAAGGACACAAUGAAGCAGUUUCUCACAGAUCGAGUUGUUAAAGCAGCCAGAUCAGUGUACAGCUUCCUGAUUGAGAGGAACCCCGGUCUGAUCAGAGACAGAAAAUAUCGACUAAAAACAUACAGACAGUGUUGCUCAGGGAAGGAGCUUGUCGACUGGCUGAUGAGGCAAAAUGAAGGACUACAAUCACGAAGUCAGGCUGUGGGAAUCUGGCAGGUCUUGGUGGAUGAAGGAAUCCUUGUACAUGUGAAAAACGAGUUAAAUUUCCAAGACAAGGACACCCAGUUCUACAGCUUCCAGGACUCUGAGUGCGGCCUGAACCACAUCAAAGAUGAGAAGGACUCAGAGGACGAGCUGCAGGAGAGCCUGUCGCUGCUGUCUCAGCUGGGGCCUGACGCUCUGCUCACCAUGAUUCUACGCAAAAAUCCCAGUCAGAGGAGCGCUGAGGACCUGGAGGUCAUCUAUGAGGAGCUGCUCCAUGUCAAGGCUGUUGCUCAUCUCUCCACCUCCGUGCGUAAGGAGCUGGCAGCAGUGCUAGUCUUUGAAUCACACGCCAAGGCCGGAACAGUCCUGUUCAGUCAGGGGGACAAAGGCACAUCCUGGUACAUCAUCUGGAAAGGAUCUGUCAAUGUGAUCACACAUGGGAAGGGUUUGGUGACUUCACUACAUGAAGGUGAAGACUUCGGUCAGCUCGCUUUGCUGAACGAUGCCCCUCGCUCUGCAACGAUCAUCCUGCGAGAAGACAACUGCCACUUCCUGCGUGUGGAUAAACAGGACUUCAUACGUAUCCUCAAGGAUGUCGAAGCAAACACAGUGCGACUGGAGGAGCAUGGGAAAACAGUGCUGGUGCUGGAGAAGAGCACUGUCCGGGCCGAGCAGGGAGGAGCCGGAAAUAACUGCAAGUACACUGUGAUGUCAGGAACACCUGAGAAAAUCUUGGAACACCUGCUGGAAACAGUGAAGCUUGACUCCAACGGAAACGACGCCAUUGAUCCCUGUGUGAGUGACUUCCUGCUCACCCACAAAGUCUUCAUGCCCUCCAGUCAGCUGUGUCCCGCACUGCAGCACCACUACCAGGCAGAGCUCUCCGAGGGUUCAGAUCAGGAGAAAUCCUCCUACAUUAUCAGCACGAAGCAGAAGGUAGUGAGGCUGAUUGGCCAGCUGGUGGCGCUGUAUGGCCUUCUACUGAAAGAAGACCCUAUCGUGGUGGACUUUUUAGAGAGGUUAAAGAAGGAGGUGUCAGCUGAUUUUCGUCUGUCAAACUUGCUGAAAGAACAAUUUAGAGACAGGAGGAGAACAAAAGUGUUGGAGAAUGGAUACCAGUCCCUUACCAAGAUCCAGAAAUUUGAUUGGUUUUCAAACUGUGAGGAGCCGGCAGGAAGGUCACAACCAAUCAGAGCACAAGACAAAGUUCUGUACGAGAUCUUCAGGCCUGACAGCAAACCUCUCACUCUGAUGCUCCCCGUCAACGCAUCUGUCCAGGAAGUGAUGUCAGCGGUAGUCAAACCUGGAGGGGAUCACGUUCUGGUCAAAAUGAACUCAACAGGAGACAGAGCUCAGUUAAAGCUGGAUAUGAAUGCAGUUUACACCGCCCUGGGACUCAAUGAGAGACUCUUCAUCUGCACAAGCAGCCAAGUAGAACAUCUGACACCUCUGAAGGAGCAGCAGGGACCAGAACAGGGAACGACAGACAUCCUGGAACAGAUGUGCUCUAAAGACAUCGCCAAUGAACUCACCAACUAUGACUGGGAACUUUUCACUGCUGUGCACGAGGUGGAGCUGAUCUAUUACGUAUUCGGGCGUCACAAAUUCCCCGGUGCCAUCACAGCUAACCUGGAGCGGUUUGUGCGUCGCUUCAACGAGGUGCAGUACUGGGUGGUGACGGAGCUGUGUCUCUGUGAAGACCUGGUGAAACGAGCAGUUCUGCUCAAGAAGUUCAUAAAGAUGGCAGCAGUAUUAAAGGAGCAUAAAAACCUCAACUCAUUCUUCGCUGUGAUGUUCGCUCUGAGCAACAGUGCAGUGCAGAGACUGUACAAGACAUGGGAGAGAAUACCCAGCAAGGCAAAAAGGAUUUACUGUGCGUAUGAGAGGCUGAUGGACCCAUCACGAAACCACAGAGCCUACAGACUAGCUGUGUGUAAACUCAGCCCUCCUUACAUCCCCUUCAUGCCUCUGCUGCUCAAAGACAUGACGUUCAUCAACGAGGGAAAUCCAAACUAUGUGGACAAACUGGUCAACUUUGAGAAAAUGCGCAUGAUUUCCAAGACAGUGAAGAUCGUACGAGAAUGCAGAAGCCAGCCAUAUGUGGCAUCUUCUCCACAGAGGGGCCUAGCUGAUAGGAUGUUUCUGGAAGUGCCUUCUACUCGCAUAUCUACAUACUCAGACAUCGCACCACCUCUGAGGACUCCCAGCAACAUCCGACACUACAUCACCAACAUGAAAGUGAUCGACAAUCAGCGCAAGCUAACGCAGCUAUCGAGGACAUUAGAAUGAAAGGACGUCCACCUGCUGAUGCACAGAGACUCUAAAACUGUAGCUCAAACCUGAACCACUGAACUGAUCACUGAUGCAUGAACAAAUCUUCAACACUGACCUCUGGAGUUGUUGUUGACUUUUUAUAGUCACACCAAUUGAGGGAGGUCGGACACUCAUGGAGGAACUUUCUACAGGGAGCAGCAUCAGGAGGGAAAACGUGUCGUGAUCACAGUAAUGACCUCUGAUGCUAAAUCAGAGUGUUUCACCAGUGUGAUCCAUACCUUUAUAAAGGACUUUUACAUGUACAGCUGAACAAAGUGUUAAAAUGUCUGUGUAACAUUUUUAUACAGCUAUAUCAAACAGAAGGACUCUGGUGGUUCCAUUAAAGGGCCAUUGGAACACAUAUUACAGUGUAUUUGUCAUAACAAACCACUGAAGGUCAUGUUUUUGUGCACUAGUGUUUUCACAUUUAAACUAAUAUAUCGGAAUUUAUUUGGCAGCAAAGCCAUAAACUGACAUGCACAUAUUUCAUACGAUGUUGUUUGCUUAAUAAAUUAUUUUCUCAGUUA